AUGAUCUGCAGCAGUACUCAGUUUUGCCAGACGCUAAGAUGUCAAAAUGAUCCCAUUUUGUGUUGUGACCAGUGGUUUUCUGUGCCACUGUGUCUCUGUUCCACUGUGCCUCUAUUCCACUGUACCACUGUUCCACUGUGCCUCAGUUCCACUGUGGCUCUGUUCCACUGCGCCGCUGUUCCAUUGUGCCUCUGUUCCACUGUGCCACUGUUCCACUGUACCUCUGUUCCAUUGUGCCACUGUUCCACUGUGCCUCUGUUCCACUGUGCCACUGUUCCACUGUGCCUCUGUUCCACUGAGCCACUGUCAACUGAGUCACUGUUCCACUGUGCCAAUGUUCCACUGAGUCACUGUUCCACUGUGCCUCUGGUCCACUGUGCCAAUGUUCCACUGGGUCUCUGGUCCACUGUGCCGAUGUUCCACUGUGUCUCAGUUCCACUGUGCCAAUGUUCCACUGUGCCACUGUUCCACUAUGCCUCUGGUCCACUGUGCCUCAAUUCCACUGUGCCAAUGUUCCAUUGUGCAUCUGUUUCACUGUGCUAAUGUUCCACUGUGCCUCUGGUCCACUGUGCAUUGUUUCACUGUUCCACUGUGCCUCUGUUGCACUCUGCCUCUGUUCCACUGU